AUAAGGAUUCCAUCAACGAUCGCAUCACGUUGCGCGUUCCGGGAUCGAGGUGAGAGAGCUCCACAUGGACCGAGAGAGAGAGAAAGAGCGUCUUCGCGCGAUCAUGGCUUAAAUCCCGUCCGCCCAGAGAGCCACCGGGCUAGGCUCCAUCAUUAAAGCGACUCUCUGAAACCAGAAUUACGAUGGUGGCUACAAGUUACGGUGCAUCGGACGGUCGGCUCGCAAAGAUCGCUCGACCUCCAUCGAGAGGAGCAAAGCCUGGAGUGGAAUCGUGCGCGUACAAUCAUCAUCGUUCCGCUUGAUAGUAAUCCAUCUUCUGCUACUGCUGCUGCUGCUGAUACUGGAAGCUAACAGGCUUCAAAUCAUUCUCAAUUAGAUAGCUCCGCAGUUCCCGGUUCUGUUCGCGUGUGUGCCGCCGCGGAAUUUAACUCGUUGAGGCGAAAGCGAAAGCGCGCGUCUGUGACUGUGUCUGUGCGUGCACGCCGUAGGGUAACGAUCGUUGAAUGGCUACGAAGGUGCUGGUAAUCGGUUCCGGUGGUCGUGAGCACGCGAUCUGCUGGAAACUGUCCCGUAGCGAGCAUGUGAGCACGGUGUACGCCCUACCGGGCAGCCCCGGGAUCUGUUCCGUUCCGAAGGUACAACCCGUGGCCGAUGUGAACGUUAAGGAUUUUGCGGCGAUCGUUCGUUGGUGUAAGAAGAUCGGCAUCGAUCUGGUUGUGGUCGGACCGGAAGAUCCACUUGCCGAUGGAUUGGGCGAUGAGCUGCGCCAGGGCGGUGUUCGCUGUUUCGGCCCGGGAAAACGUGGUGCCCGGAUUGAGGCGGACAAAAACUGGUCCAAGGACUUUAUGCACCGCCACGGCAUACCGACGGCCCGGUACGCCUCGUUUACUAACCCGGACGAAGCAAAGUCCUUUAUCCGAUCGGCACCGUAUGCGGCGCUGGUCGUGAAGGCGAGUGGACUGGCGGCCGGUAAGGGCGUCAUCGUGGCCGAUACGAUCGAUCAGGCUUGUGCAGCCGUCGACGAGAUACUGGGCGAUCGACGGUUCGGAGCGGCCGGUGAGGUGGUGGUCGUUGAGGAACGGCUAACGGGGGAGGAGGUUUCCGUGCUGGCCUUCGUCGAUUCGCGCACCGUGCGCGUUAUGCUGCCGGCUCAGGAUCACAAGCGUUUGCAGGAUCAAGAUCGGGGGCCCAACACGGGCGGUAUGGGUGCGUACUGUCCCUGUCCGCUUAUCAAACCGACCGAACUGGAACUCGUCGUACGCGAGGUACUGCAGCGAGCCGUCGAUGGGUUGCGCAAGGAAGGCAUUCCGUAUCAGGGCGUCCUGUACGCCGGGAUGAUGCUGACACCGGAUGGACCGAAAACGUUGGAGUUUAACUGCCGGUUUGGUGAUCCGGAGACCCAGGUCAUCCUGCCACUGCUCGUCUCCGACCUGUACGAGGUAAUGGUGGCCACGUGCGAGGAACGAUUGCACGAGGUGCAGCUUCAGUUCCGGCCGGCGUGCAGUGCCGUCGGUGUCGUAAUGGCCAGCAAGGGCUACCCGGAAACCUCCACCAAGGGUUGCGUUAUCAAAGGCCUCGCUGACGUAGCAGCCCGACCGGAUCAUCUGGUGUUUCACAGUGGCGUCGCACGUAACGAUCGAGGCGAGUUCGUCACCAACGGUGGCCGUGUACUGAUCGGUGUGGUGCUGGAUGGUGAUCUCAAGCGUGCCGCUGCCCUGGCUACAGCCGCCUGCAGUACGAUCCAGUUCGAUGGUUCGCAGCACCGUCAGGACAUUGCGCAGAAAGCAUUCAAACACCUCAGCCUGUCUUACAAGGCGAGCGGUGUCGACAUUGACGCUGGUGAUGCGCUAGUGCAGCGCAUUAAACCGCUGGCCCGUGGAACGAAUCGUCCUGGAGUGAUCGGUGGUUUGGGUGGAUUCGGUGGACUGUUUCGUUUGAACGAUGUUACGUACAAGGAUCGUACGGGCAAGGAGGUACGCUAUAGCGAUCCGGUACUGGUACAGGGUACGGAUGGCGUUGGGACGAAGCUGAAGCUAGCCGAAGCGCUCAACUGUUGGGACACGAUCGGUGUCGAUCUGGUGGCCAUGUGUGCGAACGAUGUGCUGUGUGCUGGCGCGGAACCACUCGCCUUCCUCGAUUACAUUGCCUGUGGCCGGCUUGAUGUACCGACGGCUGCCAUGAUCGUGAAGGGAAUUGCGGAAGGAUGCCGCGAGACACGCUGCGCACUGCUCGGUGGCGAAACGGCCGAAAUGCCAUCCAUGUACUCUCCGGGCAAGUACGAUCUGGCCGGAUACUGUGUUGGUGUGGCCGAGCACGGACAGCUGCUACCACGGAUCGAGCAGAUCCGCGAAGGAGAUCUCGUCAUCGGGCUCCCCUCGAGCGGAGUGCACAGCAAUGGGUUCAGCCUGGUUAACCGUAUCCUCGAGCACACCGCAACGAAGCUGCAAGAUCGGGCCCCGUUCUCGGAGGAUGGUUGCAGUAGCUUCGGUGAUGAGCUGCUCACUCCAACGCGCCUCUAUGUAGCCCCUCUGUUACCGAUGCUUCGCCAGGAAGGUGAAGCGGUACGUGCGCUAGCUCACAUUACAGGCGGUGGAUUGACGGAGAAUGUGCCACGUGUCCUGCCGGAAGAGCUAGCGGUCGAGCUGGACUUUAGCGGUGUUUCGAUUCCACCGAUCUUUGGGUGGCUGGCGGCGAAGGGUAACGUGAGCGAGCGGGAAAUGCUGCGAACGUUCAACUGUGGUAUCGGCAUGGUCGUGAUCGUGACCGGUGAUGGGGAUCAAGCGGCAUGGAGGAAGCACCUGUUACCACACGGGGCAGUUCUGCUCGGAAAGGUCGUUAGCCGGGGUCCCGGCGAACAGGUGAUCGUGCACAACUUCAAGCAGGCGCUGGAACGCGUUGCGGCACCGUAUCGGGGACCAGAGACGAAAACUUCCAUUUCGUACAAAGACAGUGGCGUCGAUAUUGGAGCCGGUGAUGAGCUGGUACGCCGUAUCAAACCGCAUGCCAAAUCGACCAAUCGAGCGGGCGUGAUGGGUGGUCUCGGUGGGUUCGGUGGGCUGUUUCGGUUGCGUGAUGCCGUCAGUCUAACGGACGGGUGUGCCGAUCCGAUCCUGGUGCUCGGUACGGACGGUGUCGGAACGAAGCUCAAGAUUGCGCAGGCAGCGAACCUACACCACACGAUCGGUAUCGAUCUUGUGGCGAUGUGCGUGAACGAUAUCAUCUGUAACGGUGCCGAUCCGUGCUCGUUCCUUGAUUACUACGCCUGCGGUCGAUUGGAUGUACCGGUGGCCGAGCAGGUGAUCGUGGGCAUAGCCGAAGGGUGCCGACAAGCGGGCAGUGCUCUGCUCGGUGGUGAAACGGCCGAAAUGCCUGGAAUGUACGCACCCGGUGUGUACGAUCUGGCUGGAUUCUCGCUCGGAGUGGUCGAUCAUCGGCAGAUGCUACCGCGCAUCGACAGUAUCCGACCGGGUGAUGCCCUGAUUGGACUACCCUCGAAUGGAGUGCAUAGCAAUGGGUUCAGCUUGGUACACAAAAUACUGGAACACGCUGGUGGAUUACGGUAUCACGAUGUGGCGCCCUUCAGUGCAACCGGCCGCAGCUUUGCCGAGGAACUGCUCGUACCGACGAAGAUCUACGUACGGGAGUUGCAGCCACUGAUCGGUGCCGGUGGUUGCGUGAAGGCACUCGCACAUAUAACCGGCGGUGGACUAACGGAGAACCUUCCCCGUGUGCUACCGGCAGAUAUGGCCGCGUUCUUGAACCUUGCCGAUCUUCACAUUCCGCCCAUUUUCGGGUGGUUGGCGAGGGCUGGCAAUGUGCAGCCGGAAGAGAUGUUACGUACGUUCAACUGUGGCAUAGGAAUGGUUCUAGUGGUAGCACCGGAACACGAGCAAACCGUACUCGAGCAGCUGCGCGACGUUGGUGGACAAUCGCUCGGUCGUGUGGUGAAACGGGACACUUCGGCAGCCCGUGUAAUUGUUCGUGACUUCGAGCAGACUCUCCUGACGGCCCAACGUACCUGCACGUUGCCGGUGAAGCGGAUUGCGGUGCUCAUCUCCGGCACGGGAAGUAAUCUUCAGGCGUUGAUCGAUGCAACGCGCAGUACGACGUCCGGCAUCCGGGGCGAAAUUGUGCUCGUCAUUUCGAAUAAGGCGGGAGUGCUCGGACUGGAACGGGCGGCCAUGGCUAACAUCCCGUCGAAGGUGAUCCUCCAUCGAGAUUACGACACACGGGAGCAGUUCGAUGAGGCCGUUUCGAAGGUCCUGGAAGCGGAACGGAUCGAGCUGGUGUGUUUGGCCGGAUUUAUGCGCAUCCUUUCGGCCGAUUUCGUACGCCGGUGGGCGGGCCGGUUGAUCAACAUCCACCCGGCGUUGCUACCGAAGCACAAGGGAACCCACGCACAGCGGCAAGCUCUCGAAGCCGGUGAUCUCGAGUCGGGCUGUACGGUGCACUUCGUCGAUGAGGGGGUCGAUACUGGGGCCAUCAUACUGCAGGAGCGUGUACCGGUGCUACCCGGUGACACGGAGCAAACGCUUACCGAGCGCAUCCACCGAGCGGAACACCGAGCAUAUCCGCGAGCCUUACGUUUGGUCGCGAACGGGCUCGUUCAGCUUCAGCGCAGCGCGUAAAAGCCGAUCGUCGUCAUCAUGCCAUACACCGUGCCACACUGGCUGCUUGUAGCCAAUGGACCAACCAACAACGUGUGCCAUGGAUUUGUUGUUGCCUUUUUUCUCUCUAUUUCCCUUUUUUUACUCAUUUCAUUUCGUUACGUUUGACCGAAUUGCUAACCAAACAGUGAACCAAUAAAACCAAGAAGACUAGACUUA